UCCCCGUGGGACUCGAGAGUGCGGCCUCACCCGCGGCUGGGCGGAUUGGCUGUCUCAGCUUGCCCCCGCCCUCGGUACCCACCCCCGAGUCCCAGGUGGUGCGGGCGCCGGUGGUGAUUUCUGUUUACCGAGAACCGGUCCUAGCUGGGUUCCUCCUAGCUGGGUUCCAUCUCCGCUCGCUUCUCCGCGCAGCCCUGCCCGCCAGGGAAGAGGAGAGGAACCCUCAUCUUCGCCCUUUCCCUACCCUCAACGCCCGGGAGAGGCCGGCAGACGGCGAUGACCCCCAGGCCGGCCGGACCCCCGGACGGGAGCUGGGGCUGGGUGGUGGCGGCCGCGGCCUUCGCGGUGAACGGGCUCUCCUACGGGCUCUUACGUUCCCUGGGCCUGGCCCUCCCCGACCUCGCCGACCACUUUGAACGAAGCGCCCAGGACACUGCGUGGGUCAGCGCCCUGGCCUUGGCCGUGCAGCAGGCAGCCAGCCCAGUGGGCAGCGCUCUGAGCACACGCUGGGGCGCGCGCCCCGUGGUGAUGUUUGGGGGCGUCCUGACCUCGCUUGGCUUGGUCUUCUCGGCUUUUGCCCGAAGCCUGUUGCACCUCUACCUCGGCCUGGGCCUCCUCGCUGGCUCUGGCUGGGCCCUGGUGUUCGCCCCUUCCCUCGGUACCCUCUCGCGCUACUUCUCCCGCCGUCGGGUGUUGGCAGUGGGGCUGGCACUGACGGGCAACGGGGCCUCCUCGCUAGUGCUGGCGCCCGCCCUGCAGUUCCUCCUGGAUAAUUUUGGCUGGCGGGGUGCCCUGCUCCUCCUCGGUGCCGUCACCCUCCACCUUACUCCCUGUGGCGCCCUGCUGAGGCCCCUGGUCCUCUCUGGCGACCCCCCAUCCGCACCCCGCAGCCCCCUAGCUGCCCUCGGCUUAGGUCUCUUCAAGCGCCGAGCCUUUGCAGUCUUUGCUCUGGGCACUGCGCUGAUUGGGGGCGGGUACUUCGUCCCCUACGUGCACCUGGGCCCUCACGCCUUAGACCAGGGCCUGGGGGGCUACGGGGCGGCGUUGGUAGUGGCGGUGGCUGCCGUGGGGGAUGCGAGCGCCAGACUGGUCUGCGGAUGGCUUGCGGACCAGGGCUGGGUGCCCCUGCCCAGGCUGCUGGCUGUGUUCGGGGCCCUGACAGGCCUGGGGGUGCUGGCCGUGGGGAUGGUGCCUGCCACGGGGCCCGAGGACAGCUGGGGGGCUCCUCUGCUGGCUGCCGCUGGGGCUUAUGGCCUGAGCGCGGGGAGCUAUGCCCCGCUGGUCUUCGGCGUGCUCCCGGGACUGGUGGGCGUCGGAGGUGUGGUGCAGGCCACGGGGUUGGUGAUGAUGUUGAUGAGCCUCGGGGGCCUCCUGGGCCCUCCCCUGUCAGGUUUCCUGAGGGACAAGACGGGAGACUUCAGCGCCUCUUUCCUGGUCUGCAGCUCCUUCAUUCUCUCGGGCAGCUUCAUCUACCUGGGGCUGCCCAGGGCACUCCCCUCCUGCCGGCCAGCCUCGUCUCCAGCUGCGACUCCUCCUCCGGAGAGUGGGGAGCUGCUUCCCGUUCCACAGCUCGCUCUGCUCCCCACGGGAGGCCCUGAUAGCACUUGUUGAUCACUUUCUUGUUUGCAGUCCUUCCUCAAUAAAGAAUUACCUUGA